AUGAUAGAGCAAGCCGAGCUGCUGGAGGGCCACCACAAGCUGAUGAACCUGAAGUGCUCAUGGAAUGACCUCAUGUACAAGCAGUACCGCAUAGACAGCAAGAACACGCACAAUAUGAACCUUAUUCUAAACUACUUUGGCAAGUGCAGCGUCUGUCGGACGACCUGGCCAAGCAGCUGUGGAUAGCGUGCAUCGAGUGCACCCAGUCGGUGACACGUGAGUCGGACAAGAUGUGGCUGAAGAAAUCACAAACCUAA